GGUUGCAUCACUGCACAGUCUCCCCACCAACUACAAUUUGACAGUUUCUCAGGUGAGGAGUCACGCUACAGGAGCUCUUUUACUUUCUCUUGAGUUUCAGCGCGCAUAUCACUGUGAGCCUGGGGUUGCUUAACUCAAAAACCAGUUACCAGAAGCCCUCACACCACGGCACCAUGAGCAAAAAGAAAAAGGAGUGGAGAGCGGAGAAAGAGCGCUUACUCAGUCUUGGUGUUGAGGAUAGGCGCAAAGAUUAUCGAGGAAACUAUGUGCCAUUGGACAAGAUCCCCACCUGGGCAAAUCAUGACAACAAUACAGCUACUGAGGAAGAACAAAAGUCUUUCUCCUUGGCUGACAAAGUGUCUCUGUACAAAGGUGACAUCACCACCCUGGAGGUGGAUGCCAUAGUGAAUGCUGCAAACUCUUCUCUGCUCGGCGGUGGAGGAGUGGAUGGCUGCAUACACAGAGCCGCGGGUCAUCUCCUGUAUGAAGAGUGCCACUCGUUAAACGGCUGUGACACUGGAAAAGCCAAGAUCACCUGCGGCUACGACCUCCCCGCUAAAUAUGUGAUCCAUACUGUCGGCCCAAUCGCCAGAGGAAAUGUGGGCCAGUCCCAGAGAGAUGACCUCGAAUCAUGCUACAAAUACUCCCUCAAGCUGAUGAAGGACAAUAACUUGAGAUCUGUGGCCUUUCCAUGCAUAUCGACAGGAAUUUAUGGUUUUCCCAAUGAGCCGGCAGCAGAAAUCGCCCUGAAGAUCGCGCAUGACUGGAUCCAAAGCAACCAAGAUGAGAUCGACCGUGUCAUAUUCUGCGUCUUUCUGGAGACAGAUUAUGAGAUUUACAAGAGGAAGAUGUCAGAUUUCUUCUCCCCAGAUAAUGACGACCAUAAGAAUGAAAAAGAUGCCGGUAUGGAAGAAGGUAACACGGAGCCUGUGGAAGGAGGGGAAGAAGAUGAUGCUGAUAAAAAAGAUGACAAGCAGGAUGAAGAAAUUAUGAGCCAGCAAGACGAAUCCACUGAGGAUGUGACAAUGCAAAGCCAGGAGCCAGAAGGCGAGAGCCCUGAUGCCAAAUCCAUGGAUGAGGAGACCAAACCUCCUGAAAAAGGAGACGCUACAGUGGAGGUGAGUCCAACAGCAAAGAAGAAAGUUGAACAGGAGAGCGAAAAAGAUACCGGGAAGAAAGAAGACAAGGGAGAAGACCCACCAGUUGCAGGGGAAGAGAAAGGGGGUAGCCCAGAAAAGAAGAUGCAGACAGGCCAGCCUGAUGAAGCGGGAAAACAGAUGGAAGAGUCAACAAAGAGUGAAGAUCCCGGGGCGGACACCGGUCAGGAGCCUGAGGUUCCCAUGGAGGUUCUGGAAGCUGAUCAAAGUGUCACAACAGCCAAGGAGAGCAACACCAGCAACAGCACUAAAGAUGAUGUGAAAGCCCAGGAUAAGAGCUCACAAGAGCCCGACGCAACUCCACCAGACACCAGACCAAAUUCUGAAGACGGCCAAGGCGAUAAGAACCCACAGGAAUGAGACGACAAUCAGCCUCAUAGAAACGAGUGCCGGCAAACUGUGUGAAGGCAAACAUCACACCAAUUUUGUCCCACGCCAGGGAGUCGCCCACAAAUACUGGGAAAAGAGUUGACCCCCCCCCACUUCAUUCACCAUCUUUCCUUCUAUUCAACCUGUAUUUCCUUUCCGCUUCCUCAUAUUGAUAAUAAAUCAGAUAUAUAGCUAUAUAAAAAGGAUCAAAUGAGAGUUUGAACAUAUCAGAGAGAGUGCAGGGAUUGUGGAGCUGGAGGAGGACUGCUAUACCUCACUGACAUGCUGCUUGAUCAAUAGUUCUUUGCAUUUUUAAUUUUUUUUUCAAUAUAGCAUCUUGGUGCUGGAUUUGAACUGGUUUAAAUUAGAUAGAUUGCUCAAAACACAUCCUAAAAUCAUCCUGCCGCUUUUAGUUACACGCUUAUUUGUAAUACUUCUGACAAAGUGCAAAGCCAAGGCUAAAUUUUCCAUCCCGCAGAGCACUCGUAAUGCAAGAUGCAAACCAAAAAUGAUUGGAUUCCGCAGGCCUGUCCACCGAUUAAGAUUUCUUUCAGGUGAAAAACACUAAAAUGGCUAUAAAUGUCCGUUUGUGCGCGAGUGAGUGUGCGUAUAUACUGAUGAUGUCACUUUAAAGAGGUUUUCGCUUUGUGUGUGAGCUUUAGAACCAAGUCAGGUCAAACGAGGAGAACAUCGCUUGAUUUUAAUCUCCUAUCGAGUGGUGGCAUUCCUCCCUUCUGCACGCUAUAUAAGAGGCGUUUGUAUGCUCCUCUGCUUUGAAACGACACGUCACGCUCGCAGAGCCCCCCUUUAAUCUCUCAAACGAGCACUGAUCAUGUUUCAUCUUCAAAGCUGCUCUGACUACUGCAAAUGCCUGUUAAAAAAAAAAGAAAAAAAAAAGGAAAACCUGUUGUGUCAGACUGACGUGGCCGUUUUUGACGAGUGCGCUAACAAAUUAAUUCCCUCAAGUGUAUCUAGAUGCAUGCCAGCAUUGUUUCAAAUGUUUUAUUUACAGUCCCUCUCUCGGUCUCCCUCCCUUUCACAUGCAUAAACAGAUCUCAGUUGCAAGCUCUCAAUAUUUUUACCAGAUUGUCUCUGCAUCUCUAAAAAAAAAUCUGCCUUAUUUUAUGAAAUAGUACAAAAUGGUGAUGGCUAAAAUAAAAGGCAAAUAGUAAGUGUGUGGCUUUGAAUGAAUUAAAUGCUACUUCAUAUGAUGAGUGAUGAUGCAUUUCUUUCUUUAAACACACAAAAUGAUUUUAUGUCCUUUUGUUUGGGUUUUGAUUUGGUUGUUUGGUUAUCUUGCGUAUGAUUUUUUUGGUUGAUGAUUAAAAAUGUAUUCAAAAGGUUGAUUUACUCCUUUAAGUGGUGCCAUACUGUAUAUCAGAUGAACUUCUGCCUUCAUCCUUUGAUGUUUGCUUUGCUAUAGAACAACUAUGAAUAAAGUUAUAAAGUUGUUUCCCUGGG